AUGGUUUCCGGUUCCGGUGGACGCGCUGUAGGUAAGAGGAGUAAAGAUGGCGGCGGCUCAGACGGACAGAGAUCCACCGACGGACCCGGAGUUCGUUCAUUUCUCCGCCAAAGACACGUCAUCGAGCUGGCUGGCUGUGGCCGACCUGCAGCAGGAGGUGUACCGUCACCUGGCCACAUAUGUUCCCAGAAUCCUUUGCCGUGGUGCGAGCGGGGGCAACAGCAGGGAGGAGCAGAGGGAGGAGCUUGCUUGUCAGCUCCUCCUCCUCGCUCCCCUGGAGUGGUUCCUGUUGGGGGAGGAGCCUGCAGCUGGCAUUGCUUGGCUGCAGCAGAACAACCAUCCGUCACCGCUGUGUGGUCACGUGUUCAAGGUUGGAGAACCCACCUACUCCUGCAGGGAGUGUGCAGCUGAUCCAACAUGUGUUCUGUGCAUGCAGUGUUUCCUGGGAAGUGUUCACAAAGAGCAUCGAUACAGAACACUGUGGAGGAUCUCCAGAGUUCAGUGCAGAUCUGAAAGCAACUACACAAAGAAGGAGCGGUCAGACUCGUACCUUUGCAUGCUGUUCAAUGAUGAAGUCCACACGUAUGAACAGGUGAUCUACACGCUACAGAAAGCCGUCAACUGCAGCCAGAAAGAGGCUCUGAGCUUCGCUACCACUGUGGACCGAGACAGGAACACCAGCCGUCAGUCGAAGCCUCUCAGGGUUCAAGUGAUGCACUCGUCUGUUGUGGCUCAUCAGUGUUUCGCCCUGAAGGCUCUAGGCUGGUUGGGACAGAUCAUUCAGUAUUCUGACGGACUGAGGAGGAUUCUGUGUCAAGUUGGUCUGCAGAACAGUCCAGAAGGAGAGAACUCAUCACUGGUGGACAGACUGAUGCUCAACGACUCAAAGAUGUGGAAAGGAGCGAGGAACAUCUACCACCAGCUGCUGAUGAACAGUCUCCUCAUGGAUCUGAAGUACAAGAAAAUGUUUGCCAUUCAAUUUGCCAAGAACUACAGACGGCUGCAGACAGAUUUCAUGGAGGACGAUCAUGAGCGACUUGUGUCUGUGACGUCACUGUCAGUCCAACUGUUCACCGUCCCCACAAUGGCUCGGAUGUUGAUGAUGGAGCAGAACUUGAUGACGACCAUCGUCAGGACGUUUGUUGAUCACCUGCGUCACAGAGAUCUUCAGGGUCGCUUCCAGUUCGACCGUUACACGGCUCAGCAGGCGUUGAAAUUUGGACGAGUCCAGAGCCUCAUAGGUGACCUCAAGUACGUGUUGAUCACGCCUCCCUCUGAUUGGUCACCUCAGCUCAGACAGAAGUUCCUCGAAGGUCUUGAUUCUUUUCUGGAUCUCCUCAAGUGUAUGCAGGGUAUGGACCCAGUGGUGAGACAGGUUGGUCAGCACAUUGAGAUGGAGCCUGAGUGGGAGACAGCGUUUACACUUCAGAUGAAACUGACUCAUGUCAUCACAAUGAUACAAGAGUGGUGCUGCAGUGAUGAGCACGUGCUGGUCGAGGCAUACAGGAAGUGUGUGAGUGCUCUCACUCAGUCUCACAACAGUCUUCCUGAUAGUGAACAGCCAAUCAGCUUAAGUCUUUGUGGACACAGUGUGGAGACGUUCAGGUACCAGGUGUCUCAAGACAAGGUGUCCAUACACCUGCCUGUGUGCAGGCUGCUGGCAGGUCUCCAUGUUCUCCUCAGUAGAACAGAAGUCGCCUCUCGUGUCCCUGAACAGCUCCCAUUGGGUGAACUCAGCCCCCCCCUCCUAAUCGAACUCCCCCUCCGCUGCCUGGUGCUCUGUGCCCAGGUGCAUGCUGGGAUGUGGAGGAGAAAUGGCUUCUCGCUGAUCAACCAGAUUUAUUAUUAUCACAACGUCAAGUGCAGAGUGGAGAUGUUCGACAAGGACAUCAUCAUGUUGCAGGCGGGGGCGUCGAUGAUGGAUCCAAACCACUUCUUGAUGAUCGUUCUGAGCCGAUUUGAACUGUUUCACAUUUUCAGCUCCACAGACGUAAGGAAGAGAUACAGAGAGGCCAACAAGGAUGUGGUCCAGCAGAACAACACUCUGAUUGAGGAGAUGCUUCAUCUCAUCAUCAUGGUCGUC